AGAAAGUAAGAACAAGACCCCAAUCAUCAGACGGCUGCUUUCCAACCGUAGCCAUAUUGAUUGCUGCCUUAAGCAGCAGCGCCUCGCCAGUUACGGGCGGGGAAAGACCAUGAGGUCCUCUUCGUGUCCGCCUUGCAAUUCGAAGAUGGUCCAGAAGUGGAUUUUCUUCUUCCUCGUCCCUGCAGCUGGGUGAUUUGGCAGAUGACGAUGAGAUUCUUUUCUUGGUGGAGCUCGGCCAAGGUUUUUCUUCACUGCAGAUGGCGGGGGCUCUGCAUGGGAAAUUCCUACCGUGCUCCCCGACGCGCUAUCCAUGCAGCCCUCUCCGGUCAAAGGUCUGCAUCGAAAUUGUGGAAGCGUGAGCGCGACACCGCACUUUGGUGCGUCAUCGCAACUCUGGCAGUACAUCUAUCUUGUGUCCACCACCAUCCCGUUGACCUCUUCGCGUGUGUGGAUGCGUACACUUGGCGAGACAGCCGGGGGCGUCCAGACGUCGCGACAACCCGCCAACACCAAGCUGUACGCGACAGAAGCAGAACUAUCGUCCUCGGUGAUGUAUACGAUUUCCACCUUCCUUCCAAUGUGCCGCUCAGUGGCCUCGAGUGGAAGCUUGUUGCGCGGAAGCGUGAAAUGCAGAAGAAGAAGCACCGACAGUCGGCCCGAUACUCGUAUAGACGACUGCUAUACCUAUACCGCACUUGCAGCUGGGCCGCCAGACGUUUCAACGCUCGCACAUGCACUUUGCCUGUUACUCCGUCGCGAGGUUUGCGCGGCAUCUACCUGGAAAACCCCAACGAUUACCCCAUCACGGUCCACAGCACCGACUUUGACAAGCAGUACCGGCUUGAGGAGCAGAUGCUGGAGAUCUACGAGCACGACCCGCUCUACAAGUACUCCGAGUUUUCGUUGCGGUCCGACAUGUCGGUGA